AUGCCUGCGAUUAUUGAACACUACAGAUAUCCCUCAGAGGUGCAUGAAGCCACAACUGCUGAUGGAUAUAUCUUAGAAUUACACCGUAUUCCUCAUGGCGUUAAUGAAACUUCGGGAUCUGGCUCGCGACCUGUUGUAUUUCUUCAACAUGGUUUUGUUGGCUCAAGUGCUGUUUGGGUGACCAAUACACCGCCAGCCUCAGCCGGCUUUAUGCUUGCCGAUGCGGGUUUUGAUGUUUGGAUGGGUAACGUUCGCGGAAACAAAUAUUCAAGGAAACAUAAAACAUUGUCGACCGACCAAGCACCGUAUUGGAGAUUUACGAUUUUAGAUGUAUGGGAAGAGAGGAAAAUGAAGCCUGUUUUUUUUAGUUGGGAUGAAUUUGUCAAAUAUGACUUGCCGGCGAUGAUCGACUAUGCGCUGAAUGUUACAGGUCAGCGAUAUCUGUAUUAUGUUGGCUAUUCAGAAGGUACGCUAACAAUGUUUGCUAAGCUUGCUUCUGACCAAAAAUUUCACAACAAGAUUCGAUUAUUUUUUGCUCUUGGACCUAUUGGAACGUUAACACAUAUCAAAGGACUGAUUGAAGUUGCAGCAAAAAAUUUUUUUGUUCCGUUGAAGUUUUUGGCAAAAGUAGGUACAGAGUUUGCUCCUAACAACUCAUUUUUACGACGGGCAAGUAAAGCUGUUUGUAAGCUUAAUAUUCUUCUACCACACUGUGAGAGCUUUAUCUAUGCGAUGACCGGACCACAAACGCAACAGUUUAACCAGACAAGAAUGCCGGUCUACAUGACUCAUUUACCGUCUGGAACUUCUACAGCAAAUCUGCUUCACUGGGCGCAGAUGGUGAACAGCGGAAAGAUACAAAUGUACGACUAUGGAUCGGAUGAAGCUAAUCGACGGCACUAUGGAACGACUGAGGUUCCACUUUACAAUCUUACUUUGGUUAAUUCACCGGUAAUACUGUAUUGGAGUGCAGGUGACUGGUUGGCUGAUAAAACGGAUAUUCAAAACGGCCUUCUGGCAAAACUGCAGCAGCGAUACUUACGGGAGAGCAAUGAGCUGACCAAUUUCAAUCACUUCGACUUUAUCUGGGGCAGUAAUGCUCCAAAGCAAAUAUAUCAGCCUAUAAUUGAGCAUAUAAGAAAUGAAGAAAACAGACUUAAACUUCUUUCCUCUGAUGAUUAA